AUGUUUGUUUAUCCUCUUGAUACUGUUAAAAGAAGAAUGUAAAUGGAUGGAUAUAUAUAGAAUUAUACAUUUAAAAAUACUAAAGCUUGUAUAUAAUAUAUGUAUCAAAAUGAAGGAGUUAGUUCUUUUUAUGGCGGAUUUACAGUUUCAUGUGUUAAGUUUGUUUUAAGUUCAAUAACUUAAACUAUUUUAGCAGACUAAUGGGCUAAUUAAUUAUAUAUUUUUAAAAUAAUUAUUGGCUUGCCGGGAAUCGAACCCGGAUCACUAGUACCCGAAACUAGUAUUCUACCACUAAACCACAAGCCCUUUGUUAAAUUUGACAUAUGUAAUAGCUGA